AUGAGUCUGGAAAACUGGACUCAGGUGACAGAGUUUGUCCUUUUGGGUUUCCCCAGAAGCCAUAUCCUACAGUCCCUGCUGUUCCUGGGGUUGAUGGUGACCUACAUUGUAACGGCCUCAGGCAACCUACUCAUUAUUGUGCUCAGCUGGGAGCAGACCCUACACACACAGAUGUACUUCUUCCUGAGGAACCUGUCCUUUCUGGAGCUGUUGCUUGUGUCUGUUGUGGUUCCGAAAAUGCUUGUCAUCAUUCUCACAGGGGAUCACUCCAUCUCAUUUGCCAGUUGCAUCCUCCAAUCCUACCUCUACUUCCUCCUUGGCACCACCGACUUCUUCCUCUUAGCUGUCAUGUCUCUGGAUCGUUACUUGGCAAUCUGCCGCCCCCUCCACUAUGAGACUCUGAUGAGCGGUCGCGUCUGUUACCAAUUAGUUCUGGCCUCCUGGCUCGCUGGAUUCGUCUGGGUGCUCUGUCCCACCAUCCUCAUGGCCAGCCUACCUUUCUGUGGCCCCCGUGGUAUUGACCACUUUUUCUGUGACAGUUGGCCUUUGCUGAGGCUCUCUUGUGGAGACACCCGCCUACUGGAGCUGGUGGCAUUUGUGCUCUCCACGGCAGUGUUACUGGGGUCACUGGCAGUGACCUUGGUUUCCUAUGCCUGCAUUCUUGCCACAGUUUUCAGGGCCCCCACAGCUGCCGAGCGGAAGAAGGCAUUCUCCACUUGUGCCUCACAUCUUACUGUGGUGGUCAUCGUCUAUGGCAGCUCCAUUUUUCUCUACAUCCGUGUGUCAGAGGCUCAGUCCUCACUGCUCAACAAAGGUGCCUCAGUCCUGAGCUGUAUCAUCACACCCCUCCUGAACCCAUUCAUCUUCAGUCUCCGCAAUGAUAAGGUGAAGCAGGCCCUGAGAGAUGCCCUGAGGUGGCACAGAAUCAUGGCAAUGAGAGACUAUGAGGAUCAUAAGUAA